UUUCGAACAGGGAAUUCUCCAGGGAUUAGAUGAACAUUGUUUUUCACUGAUUCUUCGUUAUUUACACUUUUUUUAAUUGAGCAAUUAUGGUGGAUGAGGAAGGCUUGAGGGAUGUUUUAAGACGAGUUGAUGAUGCUGAAAAGAAGAACUUUGAGUUUGCUGUUGGAACCCAAAUUGCAGAAGAAAACAUAUUACCCAUGUUCAGUAUAGAACGUUUGGGUACAAUACCUGUGCCAGUAACAAUUAAGGAUGUUAAUCGUUUGAAAAAAGUUAGUGAACCUAGCCUUUGCUGCAGGAGUAAUGAUGGAAUUAUGUCUGGCAACAAAGGGAAGAAAACCAGCUGGGAAAUGGAUGCAGGUCAUAUUAUACGUCAUGGCGACAUCGCGGAGACAUUCUUUCGUCAAACGGUACCAUCAUUGGCUGCCGCUGGGCUGCAGCAAUUAGGCUUGGUUGAGAAUGAGCUCCCUCUAGUAGAAGUCCGGCCACAUAGCGUUUUAAUAGUUGAACGCGGGGGAUGCGCACCCCGACAUCGCGACGCUGUAUGCGAACCAGGAACGUUUGGUCUGAUGUUCCUACAAAUCCCCGUAAAAAACGGCUAUGAAGGUGGAAUUUUAAAAGUGAAUCAUCAAAAAGAAAGCCGUAUCUUUGAUAAUUCCCAAACCAGUAAACGUUGCUUUUAUACUACCAUUUUUUUCGCUGGCUGCGAACACGAGUUAACCGAAUUGAAGCAGGGCUGGAGAAUUGUCUUUACUUUCAGCCUUGUCUGGAAAUGGACUCGUUCACUAUUUAUGCCGUUACCAGCUGACGCAUCGCUCCUUUUCGCAGCUAAGGAGAUCGAACGGAUUCUGUCUCCUUGGCAUCUUCCCGAUGACGCUCAGCGAAGAUGCUUGGCCAUCCCUUUAGAGCACAAUUAUACAGUUACCAGUCUUUCAUUUGCCGGACUUAAAGGUCGCGACCGCCUGACAGCCAGUCUUCUCCGAUCUGUCAACUUUGUAGACCUCCAUUUGGCUAGCGUUCGCCAUCGCAUGAAGCCUCUAGCAACCACAAUUUCGAACAUGGACAACCCUCUAUUACAAAGAAUUGUAAAGAAAGAAGAACAUCGCACCGAGUGUUGGGUUUCUUCUCAAACGGACGGUCCCCUUGCGUACCAAGGUCUGGAAAUCGAUUUUGAUUCGGAGGUGGUGUAUCCUCUGUUUAGCCGCUUGCAAAUCAAUUGGGACGAUACUGAGCCUCGGAAUUCAACGAACCACGAAGAGGAAUCGCCAUUGGAAUGUACUUACUGCCAGGCGUUGCUAGUGGUUUGGCCGAAGACAAGCACUAUUGAUCUGGCUUGCCGAAGUGGUUUCAUGGGAGUCCUGGACUUGCUCGAAUGUUUAGCAAGGAAAUUACCUGCAGAAGAAUUCCUUUUUCUAUUGGGUAAAACUGUGACUUUCUGUUGUGCCAAUCCCCAUCUUGUAUGGUGUCCUAGUAGAAAAUUUUUCUCACCGGCUGGCCAAGUGACGUAUCGCCUACUGCAACUUUGUAUCGAUUUAGAUGCUAUCGACCAGGGACUAAUUCUGCUCACUUUGAUUACCAACGAUCUACCGACUGGCAAAACGUUGGUAAGGGAUCAUCAUGAUAUUGCAACGGCAGAUAUUGAAGGGCUACAGACUAAUGAAAUUGCUGUCACCUUAGCUAAAUUUAUCGCCCUGGCAGGCUGGGAUUCCUGCGAAGAAGCCAUUAAGCGUUUUUUCACUCCCGUUAGGAUGGCCAGACAAAUGGAACCAUUGACUGUCUUAGUAACAUCUUUGAUAAGUCACGGACUGCACGCAAAUGCUGUCUACGUAGCCGACCAUCUCUGCCCUGUUAUAUUUGCAUCUCCAUUUUGCUGGAAAUCGUCUACGUACAGCACAGUAGCUGAAAUGGUAUUUCGGCUCGAAGAAUGGAGUGAAUCAAGUAAUCUAUUGCGCGUUGAAGCAUACCUAGAAUUGGCCCGAGCAAUCGAAACAGCAAAUCUUUGUCAAGUCAUGAUCUACGUUCACAAGAAGUUAAAUCAGUUUGUGAAAAAUAUUCCUGGAAUGCAACAUUUCUACCAAGCACUCGGCCAAAUAUUUGUUGAACGGGAUUUUCUCAGCCUUCGGUCCGUUUCAGAGAAAGGCGAACCUAUCGUCGUCGAUGUAUUCAAAUGUUUGCUCUGGCUAAAUGAUUCUGCCAUUCUCAAAGACUUUCUGAGGAGAAUAACAAUGCCUACUAGACAAAAUAAUUAUUGUUUGCAAGUAGUGCUUGCAUCCUCAGCCAUAUGGAAGGCAUGUUUAGCUUCAGAAGAUGGCAAGAAGCUUUUGCAAAUGUUGAUAGAUAGUCGACUUCGGGAGCUUAGCCUUUUGAAACCGCCUGUUUUUUCUUGGCAGCAAAUGGAAGCUGAAAUACCAAAUUGUUCGGAAGUGGAACAUUUUCUACGAUCAAAUCAACUUUCAACAACUUUUUCUCGAAAAUUUCCCACCGUCAAUGAAGCGCGCCUUUGGGCUAUUGAAAUAUUUGGAUUUGGCUUUGAAGUGCUCGCUAGUCCCGAUAGUCAGUUCUUCAUCAACCAUCGUUAUAGCGCAACUGUUCAAAUCAAGAAUAUUGCCGGUGGAUUUGCUGUUUGCGAUAUAACCAAAAACCGACGCCUCUUCGAGUAUGAUGUCCGUCAGUUUGAACUAAGACAGGAGGAGAUUGCCGAAUUGAUUGAUCGACGCCAAAUGGAGAUCCCCCAUGAAACGACCGCUCGCCAUCAAAAAAGAAGGAAGACAACGAACCAAGAAAGAAUUUGCUGAAGAAAUUGCUUUAACUGUUUAUCUCAGCACAAGUCACCUUACAAAGAAUGGGUUUGGGCGACCUUUGAUCUAGUAGCGUUGUUUUGUUAUUUAAUAAACCAAGAAAUUUGUUAUUGUUUUAA